GACGUUAAUCCGUUCGUCCCUAUACGCUGGUUGUUUCGUCCGGCUCAUAGAAUCCUCCGAAAGACACAAUAAAUACCUAAAUCAAUCGAACUUUUUCAUUUCAUAAGAGAAACCCAGGUUCAUAAUUUUCACUGUUUUCAUUUCCUUUAUCGUUUGAUCCCCUAAUUAAACCAUGCAAUUGGUCAUCUUCCUGAGCUCUCUGUUUCUGUUUCUUCUCUGUUCUCUUGCCAAGCUCUUGCACAAGCUAUGGUGGAACCCGCUCAGGAUACAGAGGAUGAUGGCCCAACAAGGGAUCUCUGGCCCUCCUUACAGGUUCCUCCAUGGAAGCACCAAGGAAACAAUCAAGAUGAAGAUGGAAGUCAGGAACACGCCCAUGAACAAUCUCUCUCACGACAUAUUCCCUAAGAUUCACCCUCAAGUCAACACAUGGAUAGACACUUACGGGAAGAAUUACCUGAGUUGGCACGGACCUCAAGCUCAACUGGUCAUCACAGAGCCAGAGCUUAUUAAGGAGGUGCUACUUGACAGAGAGAAAACAUACCCAAAAACAGGAACUAAGGACUUUGCCAAGAAGCUUCUCGGAGAUGGGCUCGUGAGUACAGUCGAUGACAAGAAAUGGGCGAACCAGCGUAAACUCGCCAAUCACGCUUUCCAUGGGGAAAGUUUGAAGAAUAUGGCACCGGCAAUGGUGGAGAGUGUUCACACAAUGCUAGGAAAAUGGAAGAAUCAAGAAGGGAAAGAGAUCGAGGUGUUCGGAGAGUUUAAAUUAUUGACAUCCGAAGUGAUUUCAAGAACUGCGUUCGGGAGCAGCUAUGUUGAGGGGAGGAACAUUUUUCAGAUGUUAACAGAAUUGGCUACGUUAACAUCCAAAAAUGCUUUCAAUAUAAGAUUACCAGGAAUAAGGGAUUGAAAUUAGGGUUUUUCCGUCGUUGCUUGGCCUCCACCGUCGCUGGGCCGCCGUCGCUUGCUCAGCCGCCAUUGUUUAGUGUUGUUCGAACGCCCUCAAUGGCACGUAAGGGAGCACCGGCCUCGGUCGCCGGAGCCUAGGUACUGGAAGACGGAAGCCAGGCACUUGUCGAGGAGAUCGGAGAUGGAGAGGGAGACAUCAAUGGCGGCGCACUCAUCGACGGCCUCCUCGAGCAUCGGCUAGAUCACAGCCUUCGACUUGGCUGCAGUGGCCGUCGUCGGGGUUGGGGUUGGGGUCAAGGUCGAAGCCACGGCCGCCCGAGUGGCCAUCGUCGGGGGUCGGGGUUGGGGUCGGAGCCACGGCCGUCAGUGGCCAUCGUCGGGGUUGGGGUCAGGGUAGGAGCCACGACCGCUGAGUGGCCAUCGUCGCAAUCAGGUUGGGGUCGGAGUUGCGGCCACCGAAUGGCCAUCGUUGAGGUUGGGGUUGGGGUUGGGGUCGAGCCGCGGCCGCCGGCGUGGGGGCCGUUGAGGACCAGCAAUUGGCCGGAGAUUUAGGGUUUUGAAUCGGGGGAAACACCAAACGGUGUCGUUUUGGUGUUAGGAUGUGACUAUACUCUUUGGCAAGCACAUUAGCUUCAAAAGUUAAUAAAAAAAAUAUUACGUCGGAUUUCCAGCCAACCGGAUUAGAGUUGGCACCAAAGUGAGCGUUUUCAAACUUUUUGGUAUUUAAAUAAUC